AUGAAUUAAAAGGAAAGCCAUCCCAAAGACGAAGAUGAUGACUUCACUCUUAAUACUUCGAGUGCUGAGCCAUUAGAAUUGGACGAUCAAUACACAAAGCCCAAAUCGAUAUGUUGGGGAAGAUGUCACCCAAUGAUGUUUAGGAAAGGCAAUCCGGCUGUUGUUAUUGGACCUCAUUGGCCCUUGUUUAUUUGUGCUUUUCUUUUAUUCUUCUUUAUUGGAUGUCUCUUUAUUUUCCUUAGGGCCAAUGAUGAACCAUUAAUAUUUUAUACUACUCUUAUUGUUGGUAUUAAUCAAUGUGUCAGUUACUUAAUUGUAUCAUUAAUCAAUCCUGGAAUUGCAAAUGUGGAGAGAAUCGAUAUUGAAAAGAAUCAAUAAAGCAAUCAAAAAACUUGGUAUUGUAAAGUGUGCAAAUUGAUUCAAGUCAAAGAAACACAGCAUUGUUUAGAUUGUGAUAUUUGUAUAUAAGAAUAUGAUCAUCAUUGUCCUUGGACUGGCAAAUGCAUAGGCAAAGGCAACAUCAAAUAGUUUUAUUAUUUUAUCAUAAGUACUAUUGUGUUUACGAUAUUUAACCUUGUUUUAAUUAUACUAAAAUUUAAAGAAUAAGAAGCUAAAGCAAAAAAAUAAUGAAUUAGUUUUUAUUAAUAUUAUCAAUAACUUAAAAUAUCCUUUUAA